UUGUCAUCACCAUGUAUAGAUAGUCCUGGUGAACCAACUUCCCUUAUUUUCCAUUGUCGGGCGCAAACCAAAAUGUGGAGCAAGUUGGAGCUUUUAUUUUAUCUGACAGAUGGCACCAGCGUAGACUGGGACUGUCACAAUGUUUACAAGAAAAAAGAUACACGCAUCACGUUGUUAAAAAUACGACAUUUAUGAAGAACAAUUAAUACCUGAAGGAUGCCCGCACCGAAUGGUAGUGGAGUUUUUUUUCUGGAAAGCAUUUAUUCUGACUUCAAUGUUUCGAUGUCUUUCGCGGCCGAAAAUGCAUCGAACCGAAGUUUAGAACUAUUCAGAAAAUAUUAUUAUUUCAGCGCGAAAAAAGCAGAAGUUGUUACAAGAUGAUUAACUUGGGUGCUGAGAUAACAUUUUUUAAUUUCGCAUCAUUUUUUUAUAAAAAACAAAGAAAAUUUGUGAAAUUGUGACAGUCCCAGUCUACCGUGCUGCCAUCUAUCAACUUGCUCCAGCGUUAGAAUCAAUUAUAAUAGCGAGUUGGUUUACCUGUCUGUCUCUAUAUCGUGGUUGUCAUUCUGAAAUUAUAAAUAUUUUGAACUCAAAUUUGAGGCACUUCCCGUUAUCGUAGCGACUUGAAAUUUUGAAUGCAUACGUAACUUUUGAAGCACUAUAACGUCAUGUGCUUCGAUUCCCGAUUUAAAAAUGUGCAGUGCUAUCUCGGUUCCUGAUGGAGAUACGGGAACGGGACCUAUUCCAUUCGAUAGCCCAGGAAAAAUACUACGGGGCAUUUUUCCACUUGGCUGGGGAAUUGGCCUGGUCCGAUUUGAAAAUUCGGUCUGUGGAGGUGCUGACGGUUUUGAAGGCACUUGCUACACCCGAAGACAAUGCAACGAAAUAGGCGGAGUUGGGGCAGGCCCAUGUGCCAAAGGAAUCGGCGUUUGCUGCAUAAUUCAAAUAACCUGCGGGGGCUCCUCUUCCUACAACAACACCUACUUCACCAGCCCCAACUUCCCUACACCUUAUCCUGGGGGCUCCACCUGCACGGUCACCAUCCCCAAGUGCAACCCCGACAUCUGCCAAAUCCGCAUCGACUUCCUCGCCUUCUCCUUGGCCCAACCCGACGCCAACGGCACCUGCACCACUGAUGCCUUCUACGUCAUUGGCGGCGCCUCCAACGUGCCGGUGUUAUGCGGCGAGAACAGCGGACAACACAUCUACGUCGACUUUAACGGCGACAGCGACAUCCAACUCGUGCUCAACACCAACGCCGCCGCCACCGCCGCCUCCAGGGCUUGGAACUUCAAAAUCACGCAAAUUGGCUGCGACUGCCCCACGAAAGCGCCCACCGGGUGUUUACAGUACUACACUGCCUUAAGUGGCACUGUUAGAAGUUUUAAUUAUGGUACCACUGGGCCACAGACGGGGACAAGGCAACUGGCGAAUGAGAAUUAUGGGGUUUGUGUGGAAAUGCAACCUGGGUAUUGCUCCAUCACCUGGGGGACCUCUCCGGGGGACAUGUAUGCGUUUACGGUGACGGGGAAUACGAACCAAGCGGUGGGGAAUGGUACCAUUGGGCCUCCUUCAGCUCUUUCAAAUGGGAAUUGUACCACAGAUUUUGUGGUUAUUCCUAACCCGAGUUAUGUGAAUUCGAGUUUAGUGGGACCUAACACUGACCGGUUUUGCGGGAAUGGGUUCAAUUCAGUUACAACUUCAUCCAAACCAUUUGUCCUGACUGUGGUGACUGACGGCACCGACAUCCCGCCCACUGACGAAGCCAACCGUGGAUUCUCCCUAAUGUACACCCAAAACCAAUGCUCAGGCACUGGCAAUUUAUUCGGCAAAUAAACAAUUAUGUAGUAAUAGUGGAACACCUCCUUUGCAUAAAAUUAAGCGAAAAUCCCCGAUUCUGUGUAUCAUUAACUUCAUUCCCGUUUGUUACAACCGUUAGAACGAACGGUUUAGAACUCG